GUGCCCAUCACGAGGUACCUCCGUACCGUCGCGACACGUUUAGGUGUGGAAAUAUGCUGGGGAUGUGGAGAGGCUUGCUGGAGCAUGCGACUCUCAUGGAUGGCGCUUCUCUAGGCGGGACAUGAUAGACAAGAGCGGUCUGGUCGCCGUAGACAUGCGCAUCCCAGGAUCUAAACGGACCAAUUGGGGCCGGGGAAGUUGUAUCCAUGCGGCGCUAGCCCCAGGAGCGACGCAGAUCUGGGCUUCGGGCUGCAGCGCGCCCUUGUGGUCUCCCUUUGAUUCCGCUCGGUCCGGCAGAGUAGGCGCGUUAAGUUGUCGACCGCAUGUCAGUGAUGCUGCUGCUCCACUGACUUUACUCUGUACAAGAGGACCCAUUGAUGCAGUGAAAGAUCGCAGCAGAAGACCCAAUGAUCGCCAUCGCUACGGGUUGAAAUCAGGCACUCUCCGGCGCCAAUGCAUCAAUAGUCACUCAUCACGAGCAGGAAUUGGAGGCCUCGGUAGUUUGCCAACAAUCUUAGCUUCGAUGUACUUGUAUACAAGACGAUACCGAGUAAGUCGGGUAAAGCUUUUCAGGAAGCAGAUUGACCCCGCGUUCGACAUUUGAGUUCGCCAUCACAGCCUCACCACGUGCUAGCUGCCCGUGGGGUCGUGAAGCGUGCCCACUUUGGUCAUACCGAGGCCUGUGGACACACCCAAAUUAAGAAGCAGCGUGCAAGACAUACAGGUGCCGAGACAAGCGAGGCUCGUGAUGCAAAGACUUGGUCGUUCACCAGCGGCUCUGCUCUCGUCACGACGUUAGCAGCAGUGUGCUGCGGCGUCUGGUUGGUACCCAUCUGAAUCUUUGGCUGGGUUGUACCGAUGACCUGAAGAGCAACCACGUGAGAGGCUAGGCUCUUCAAGGUCUGCGUAGCCGCAAGUCUGCAUUAUGAUCGUCACCCAACGCGGUUG